GCUGCAGAAAGUUCUUCUGAAAAGAAAAGCUAGAAGAGACAGACCCGCACACGAGAGAGAGAGAGAGAGAGAGCUUUGAAGGGCGGUACACCUUCCUUCCCUCCCUUCUCUACUUCAAUAAGCUCGGGGAGUAAAAGUAUGGGCUUGAAAAAGCAAAGAGGAAAGUGAGUAGAAAAGUUGAAAAAGGGAGAAAGACUGGAGAGCAUCUGCUAAAUUUUUCUUUGAGUGGACGGUGAGAUUCCAAAGCUCAAAUAGUCUUUUUUCUCUUCCUCUCUUUUUUGAUAUUGGGACUCUCAAGCCGUUUAAAACAUCAUGAUGGAGCCUUCAAAUCUGGAUCACCACCACCACCAAGAAGAGCUUCAUGGGUCCUCUUUAGCAGCAGCUCCAUCUUUCCAUGUUCUUGGAGGCAACCAUGAGUGGAGCCAAACUCUGAUGUUAAACUGUGGUGACCUCGUAUCCAACGCCAAUGGAGUCCUCUCAAGCCAAAGAGAUUAUAGACCAAGCCAUGAGUUCCCACCUCCUCCUUACAACUCACAAAUGAUCCAAGACCUAGGGUUUCACUGGGGUGCCAAUUCCGAGAGCUUCAUGAACCAGUCAGCCCACCAACUCAACCUAGCAAAGAUCAAAGGCGAGCUACCGGACUCUUUUCCAAAGCUUACUGGAGUCAUUAGGGAUCCCUCCACCACUGAAGACUACCAAUUAGAGGAGAGGCUCUUCAGAACAUUGGCAUCAGAAUGCCAGAUCAAUGGCCUUCAGCCUCCUUCAACAGACAUGUUGGAAGUCCCAAGCUUGGUCAAUUUUGGCAGCGGCAGAGGAAACCUCGGCGUGGUAUUUCCGAUGGCUAAUAUUUCGAACCCGUGUCCCCCUCUGCCGACGUUCCCGGGAUCCCUAGGCAUGGACCUUCAGGCUUUGGAUCUCUUGGCUUCAGCUAGAUUCGGCCGGAGCUUCUGCCAACCUUCACCCGGUGGUAUGGCCGGUUUGUUGAGAGAAGAUGCACCCUUUGGCCUUGGCCAUCUCCAUGAACCAGCUCAAGGACCAUCCAACAGUCACCAUGAGAUGCCACCUUUAGUCAGUGGAGUUGCAGAAGCAAAGAGAGGUAAUAGUAUUUUGGAGCACCGAGCAUCUCACACGGCACCAAAAAAACCGCGGUUCGAGUCUCGUUCUUCAUUCUCUCCCUUCAAGGUGAGGAAGGAGAAACUGGGUGAUAGGAUCGCAGCUCUUCAGCAGCUGGUGGCACCUUUUGGCAAG